UGGACGCUUACAAAGGGGCAGCCACAUUGGGACUGUCCAUGGCCAGGAGAUGAAGAAAUAGGGUUACACCCAAGCGGGGGAGAAAGAGGGUAUAGUUGGAUCCAUUCUCCUUUUUUCCUCUCUUGUUUUCCAGUCACUCUACUCAAGGGAAAUGGAGGCUGUGAAGAGCACAAGGCCCUGCCCCAGAGUUCUGCAGAGUGGUGUUGUGUCCUGGGGAGAGCUGAGGUGAAAGGGCAAGUCUGGACAUGCUGUCCCAUGGGCUGGAAGCACUUCCAGUCCAGCUGCUACUACUUCUCUAGAGACAUCAUGAACUGGGGUGACAGUGAGACAAACUGCACAGGGAUGGGCUCCCACUUGGUGGUGAUCAACAAAGGAACUGAGCAGGAUUUCAUUUUCAAUUGGACAAAGAAAACUCUUACAUUCAUCUCAGACAGGAGUUACUAUAUCGGUCUGACAGAUCAGGCAAAGGAAGGCCAGUGGCUCUGGGUGGAUCAGACUCCAUGUAAUGAGACUGCAGCAUGA